AUGGAUAUUUUCGAUGAAAAAAAGACAUCGUUACAUUUCGUGGUGAUCGACGACAGCGAUAGAGAGCUAGAGUCAGACUAUGAAAGAGAAAGAGAUGUCGAUGACCGAUGUCUAUCUCUAGAUGAGUGUUCGAGCACUCAUUGCACCGAGGAAAUAUUUGAUUACAGUGACGAGUCUGACGAGGACUACAGAGAUUUCAUCGAUUUGGACGAUGGAAACAACGAGGAUAACACCUCUGCAUCGGGACACCAUUAUUCUUCGUCUUUCACCUCUGCCACUUCCAAUCUUAUCAAUGUAUACCAAACGCUAUUCAGUAAGACUCUAUCCGGUACCUUUACCGACAAGAAAAAGAAUAGCAGCGGCGGCAUCAACAACAGCAACAACAACAUCCUCAUCAAUAGUAAUAUUAAAAAGAAAAGAUAUACCAAAAAGAGUAAUACAUUCAACGGCAGCAGUAGCAGCUACACAAGUAAUAAUCACUCUAGAAAUAAUAGUAGUGGGAACAAUAAUCCACUAAAUCAAUCGACUUUUUUAAAUAAUAUUAAUAAUAAUAAUAAUAAUAACAAUGUAAAUAAUAAUAAUAAUAAUAAUAAUAAUAAUCAUGUUAAUAGUAACGAUACAACGACCGAAAGCGGACAUCCAGAUGUAUAUAUUUCACAAAUUUUCGAAACCUCCAAGGAAUUGUUCAACAGAUUUGUUAUGAUUCCAACACAACAACAACAACCACCACCACCAGCCAACAUCAUUGAUGAUUCUGACAUUGAAAAUUCACCUACAAGCAAUCCAAACCCUUUUGUAAACAAUAAUAUUAAUAAUAGUAUAAAGUCACCAUCAAAGAUAAAUAGCAACGCAAACAGCACAACAAACAGUAAUAUUUCAAAAAAGAGUGCCCUUAACUACACCCAAGUAGUUGCAAUACCCGUACUACAACCUUCAUUAUAUUAA